GUCCAGCUGUGUCUGUCCCCUCCCUCCAUACUAGAGGUAUAGAUGGUGCAGGAGCAUCCAGAAGUCCAGUCCAGUGAGCUGCACUAGUCCUGAGAGCCAACAGCUCAGAGAAGUAGUCCAGCCACUCCAGCAUUAUAACAGAUCCUACAUCCAUGCAGCUGCAGCACAAAGUAAACUCAACUUGUUAGCACAGAUUUACUCAAUCACUCCUGAGUGACAGCUUCUUAAUCCUGCACCACGCUCCACAUCGUGAGAUCUCUGAGUUCAUUCAGAUCACCAUUAUAACUGAGACCCAAAACAGACUUGAUGAUGGGGAGGCAGCAACACCCUCACUGCUUUCUGGUCCUUCUCCUGGUUGUCUUCAUUGCUGGGAUAGCUCUUACUGGCCCCUCCACUCCCCGCAGGAGCAGAGUGAGACGUCAGAACAUGAAAGUCCGCAUCAAUGCCACAGGAGACACCAUCGUGAUGAAGUUCUUGCGUCCUAACUCCGACACCAAGCUUGAGGGCUACAUCCUGGGCUAUGGCAGCAGCAUGUUCUCCAAACAGUUCAUUCAGCUGCCUGAGAACGGACAGCCAUAUUUGACAGAGUUUGAUGCUGAGCCCAAGUAUCUUAUAGCCGUCCAGCCCAUCCCAGUCAACGAUGUGAAAAAGCAGUGCACAGGUAAAGUGGAACUGGAGAAGCCGCUGCACUUGGUCAUUGGUUCCGUGACGCCCACCUCAGUCCUCCUGUCCUGGGGCACCCUGCUGAAAACCCCCUACGAAAGCAACGUCAUGAACGACUGUCUCGAGGAUGGACACUACACUGUGCGUUAUCGUGAAAGGAACAGGAAGUGGAACUACCAAACCUGCCCAACUAGUGACACCGUCAUUGACCACCUGAAGCCCAACACAGUCUAUGAAUUUGGUGUUCAGCCCAACUCUAAGGACGGCACUGGAUUGUGGAGCAAACCCGUUCAUCACAACAUAACCUCAGGAGGCUUAGAGGAAAAGGCCAUCAGGAAAAUCUUCAAACAUCCCGUCACCUCUGGGAAAGCUCUAACGACAGGUCCACUCUCCUUCCCCUUUGGUCCUCGCCACGCUCCCCUUAACAGGACCCAGGGCAGAGUGCCCCUCUCCAGGAACAUAUCCCCAAAGACAACUCUUGCUCCAACCACAACUACUAGACAGGAAUCUCUGUCAACCCCUGGACCCACUCUACCUGUCGCCACCAAACGGCCAAUUGGAGGAGACCACUACAGAUCUAUCUUGCCACCUUCCCUGGAGAUCCCGUUAGCUCCCAUACUUCAUUCUCCACUACACAUUACAACCACCAUGAGGCCCAUGCCACUUCCCCAGAAAGAUGUGGACAAAGACGGGUAUUCCCUGAGUCAACCUGAAAUAAUACCCCAGUCCCAACAGAAUACAGAACCUCCACCAAACCCUCAGACUCAGCCAGAGUAUCCACAUCCACCACGAUCAAAGCCCAGCACCCCAAAACCUCAACCCAAGAACUUUUCCAAGGCUCAGCCUCAACCACAUCCCCAACCAAUAUUACAUCUCAUAGCCAAGGCCCAACCACAGACGACAUCCCAGCCCAUACCCCAUACCCAACAAAUGCAACCUAAACCAGGAUUCCAGUUCCAACCUCAAACCAAACCACAUACCCAACCAACAGUCAAGAGGAUAUCUGACACCCAUCCCAAACCACACACCCAACCAGAAUCCAAGUUAAUGUCAGAGAUGAAACCUGAACCACAUUCAACAACCCAGACCACUUCCCAGAUCCAACAAAAACCCCAACCAGAAUCCAAGCCUAUACCCAAGCCCAAACCACAACCACAAGCGAAAAUCCCACCCAUACCCAAGACCCAACCACAACCCCAACCCCACCCACAAUACAAGCCAACACCCAAGAUCCAACCACAACCCCAACCCCAACCAGAAUCUAAGCCCAUACCCAAGAAGAAACCACAACCCCAACCACAAACUACACCCAUGCCAAAGACCAAACCACAACCCCAAGCAAAAAUCAAAUCCACACCCAAGACCAAACCACAACUGCAGUCAGAAUCGAAGUCUGUACCCCAGACCAAACUAAAGCCCCAACCACCAUCCCAACCUACUUCCCAGACCCGACCCCACCCACAACCCCAACCAGCACCCAAACCUAUACUCAAGACUGAAUCAGAACCCCGACCGACAUCCCAAGCCAUAUCAGAUAUCUUAACACAAACACAAUCUCUACCAGAAUCCGGGCUUUUACAUCAGACCCACCCACAACCACAAGCAGGACCAGCUAACCAUCAGGUACUGCAGAGCAAACCAAAACCUCUUUCAACACCGCAACCCAUUCUCACAACCUUUUCUCAGUCGCAGCCUCAUCCAAAACUCGUUCUCCGAUCAGAGACCCAAACCACAACUGGGCUCCCUGUUGAACUCAAACUUCAACCAACACCCAAGCUCAAGCAUCAGAUCCAUUCUCACACACAACCAUAUCUCAAGACCCAGACACAGCCUAAAGUUCGAACAACAACCCAGCCCACAUAUAUGGCACAUCCACAAACACAUCAACCAACACUUAAGCACACACCUAAAACCCCAGAAGCCCUACCGAAGGUUAACACCAAACCCCAGCCUCAACCACGAUCACAAAACACCACUAAGACACAAACCCAAACACAACCUCAACCAAAGACUGACCCACAGCCUCAACCAGAAAAAAACCCAGACACAAAACUAACAGAUGGGCAAAAGUCUAAGAUCCAGGUAACACCAAAACCAAAGACCAAUAUUUUACACCCCAAGCCCAAAAAACAAAUCCAGAACAAGGGCCAAUCCAAGCCUAGUACACAGCCUCGACCAAAGAGCCAAUCCAAGCCUGGUACAGAGCCUCGACCAAAGAGCCAAUCCAAGCCUGGUACAGAGCCUCGACCAAAGAGCCAAUCCAAGCCUGGUACAGAGCCUCGACCAAAGAGCCAAUCCAAGCCCCAACAGCCAAAUCCUCAACCAAAAGUCCAACAACCUAAAACUAAGAUUAAGCAGAAGUCACAAUCACAACAUCCAAUAAAGACACAAACCCCACCUGCACCUCAUUCCCAACCUAUUCUUCAACCACAACCUCUACCAAAAGCCGAUCCUAAGUCCCCACAUUAUACUCUCCCAAAGCCACACCCUGCAUCUAGUCCCAAACAACAGUCUCAACCUGGGAAUCAUUCUGAGUCCCAGUCCUGGAGCUACUCCGAUACCACCGAGGUCACCCCAAGGAAAGCUUUUGCAACGGCUUCUAGUCCACCAGAAGAGGGCAAGCCUCUACCAAGACCUGCCCUGGCUACAGAGGAGGCUGAUAGUUACAAUCUGGGUACUGGUGCCAUUAAAUCAUCCGUUGCUGAAGUUCCUCAAUCUUCCAUUAGCACUUCAGUUUCUCAAGCAGGAAGGAACAGCACUGUGUCUCGCAGCCGGGUUCCUCCAAAUCCCAAUCGCAAAACUGUCCGACCAUUUUCUCCAUCCAAGACAUUCUCCUCCUCUCAAAGCUCCAGCUCACCUGGUGCACUCGGUGGAGCACAUCAUAGGGGAAAUGCUCUUCCUAAACCUGCGAUGUGGCCAAGAGAGAAGCCUGUGUUGCGUCCUUCUAUUCCUGUCAACAAGAGACCCAACUUGGUGGGGAAACCUAGUGACCAUGAUAAACCCAUGGACCUUAAACAAGGAGAGAAGGAGUCCAUCUUGAAGCCAUUCCCUCUGGUCACUGCCAAACCGAAGCAAGAGCGCAGACAACAGACAACCACCACCGCCCCGGCACUAAACAGCAGCCGCUUUGACAUAAAUGAAAAUUCUUCCAUAUUCAGGCCUCUGCCUGCAUCUGAAGUAGACAUUAUGGGAAAGAAGCGGUUCGUAGCUCCUCACGUUAUCUACAAGACAGAUAAGAAACCAGACGAGCCGUGCUCCAUCACUUCCUCUCUUGCCUACUUCCCUGAUGAAGAAGGGGCUGAUCAGAAUGUGACUGGUCCUCCUCGUGUACCUCCCUCCAACCUCACUGUGGUCACUGUGGAGGGCUGCCCGUCUUUUGUCAUUCUUGACUGGCAGAAGUCUGACAACGAAACCAGAGAGUAUGAAGUUGUAUCGACUACUAAAGGGCCAAAUGGAGAAGAGGUGUCCGUACUGACGACCAAUCAGACACACACAGCUGUGGAGAAUCUAAAGCCAGAGAGCAGUUAUGAAUUUACAGUUACGCCAAGGAAUGAGCUGGGAACAGGACCCUCCAGUGAUCCUGUGUCUUUUAACACAGAAUCAGCUGAUCCACGAGUGAGCGAAAACGUUUCAGGCAAAGAUGCCAUCUGGACUCAGUUCCCAUUUAAAUCUGAUUCCUACUCGGAAUGCAAUGGAAAGCAGUACGUGAAGAGGACUUGGUACCGAAAGUUUGUUGGCAUCCAGCUCUGCAACUCUCUGAGAUACAAGAUCUACCUGAGUGACUCACUCAAUGGGAAAUUCUAUAAUAUAGGAGAUCAAACGGGGCAUGGUGAGGACCAUUGUCAAUUUGUGGACUCUUUCCUGGAUGGACGGACGGGCACCCAGAUGCUUGCUGACCAGCUACCAAGCAGGCCAGGGUUUUACAGAGCCUUGAGACAGGAACCUGUGCACUUUGGAGAGAUCGGAGGGAAGUCACACGUUACUUAUGUUGGCUGGUACGAAUGUGGUACACCCAUUCCUGGGAAAUGGUAAGAACCACAAAGCUGUCAAGGAGGGAUACUUUCUGCAGAGGAAGAAGAAGAAGAAGAAGAAGAAGAAGAAGAAGAAGAAGAAGAAGAAGGCAAAGAAGCCUAACCAGGCUUGGAGGGAGGUUGGGCUUUCUGUUACACUACCAUGGACACUGUAAAUGGGUUUGUCUGUUUGAACUCAGCCCUCUCUCCCAGGUUUGACCCUGUCCAAGACUAUUAAGUGUCACAAAACUCCACUGAGUGUAUUUGUAACAUUGGUCUCAAUUUUUUUUGUAUUUAUCAAAAAUGUCACGACAGAUGAAAGAACGCAGGAUUUUGAGUGAACCAAAAUGCUGAAUAUACGGUAAUCACAGAGAAGUUGUUGGGAAGCUGGCUCCCAAAGUGUAAUAACUUGUAUGAUGUUAUUUAUCAAGGGGAUUGUUGUUGAUUUUUCUCUGUGUGCCCUGUGUGCUUCUUUGGCUUUUGAUAUGAGAAAGUUGAAAUAGUUCCCAAUACUUGCAUGUCAGUGAACAUGUUGUAUACAGAGAGGUGCCAAUCAUACUUCCAUUGUACAUUUUGGCUAUGUAAAAUACAGGUAAACACAGACAUGCAGAAUCGACCUUCUGCUGGCCCUAAGGGAUUAUUAGCAGUUGCAGUUUGCACAGUAUUAAACUUUUUGUUCAUAUAUGUAUAUUAUGUUAAAUAGAAUUUGUAUACCAGGGGUAAUAUAGUUUGAUAUAUUUCAGGUAAAAUAUUAAACAGCUUAAGCCAAUUUUAUGAUUUAUUGGAAGCCAAAGCUUGAAUUUAUGGUUUGUACGGUGUGACUUGAAAACAAAAGAUUGAUGUAUUUUAAUACUAAUGCAGUCUCGGCCAGUAAUUUGAAAAUUAUAUAUGAAAAAAAGGUUUGAUUUGAACUUACAUAUGCAUAUGGUGGAAUUUGUUUUUGUACUCAAUUUAACUUCAAAUUGUACAUAAAGCUACAAAUUACAGACAUUUUUCACCUCCGUCAUGACUGCAGUUGAUUUUAAGGCACCAUGUUCGUUUUCAGCAAUAAAUCUUGUUUUUAUAUUUA